CCUCCCCCUAAAUAACUCCCUCCAUCACACUCACCUCGCCCCUUGUUCCACACCACACCACGAGACAACACACAGAGUCAUCAGUCUCUCUCUUUUGCCUCUCGGACACGAUGUCUCGGAGCCAGCCGGACUUCUCCAACUCGGUGAAGCUCAAGUACGUGAAGCUGGGGUACCAGUACCUGGUGAACCACAUUAUUCCCCUCACCCUCGUCCCCGUCAUGGCGGCCGUCCUGGUGAAGGUCCUCCGCCUCGGCCCCGACGAGAUCCUGAGCCUCUGGCGCUCCCUCCACUUCGACCUCGUCCAGAUCCUCUGCUCCGCCUUCCUCAUCAUCUUCGUCACCACCGUCUACUUCAUGUCCAAGCCCCGCACCAUCUUCCUCGUCGACUACGCCUGCUACAAGCCCCCCGUCACCUGCCGCGUCCCCUUCUCCACCUUCAUGGAGCACUCCCGCCUCAUCCUCAAGGACAAGCCCAAGAGCGUCGAGUUCCAGAUGCGCAUCCUCGAGCGCUCCGGCCUCGGCGAGGAGACCUGCCUACCCCCCGCCAUCCACUACAUCCCGCCCAGCCCCACCAUGGAGGCCGCCCGCGGCGAGGCCGAGCUCGUCAUCUUCUCCGCCAUGGACGCCCUCUUCCAGAAGACCGGCCUUAAGCCCAAGGACAUCGACAUCCUCAUCGUCAACUGCAGCCUAUUCUCCCCGACGCCCUCCCUCUCCGCCAUGGUCAUCAACAAGUACAAGCUCCGCAGCAACAUCAAGAGCUUCAACCUGUCCGGCAUGGGUUGCAGCGCUGGCCUGAUUUCCGUUGACCUCGCCCGUGACCUCCUCCAGGUCCACCCCUACUCCAACGCCGUCGUUGUGAGCACCGAGAUCAUCACCCCGAACUACUACCAGGGCAACGAGCGGGCCAUGCUGCUGCCCAACUGCCUGUUCCGCAUGGGCGGUGCCGCGAUCCUGCUGUCCAACAGGCGGUCCAACCGGAGGCGGGCCAAGUACCGGCUGGUGCACGUGGUCAGGACGCACAAGGGGGCCGACGACAAGGCGUACCGGUGCGUGUUUGAGGAGGAGGACAAGGAGGGCAAAGUGGGGAUAUCGCUGUCCAAGGACCUGAUGGCGAUUGCAGGGGAGGCGCUCAAGUCCAACAUCACGACAAUCGGCCCGCUGGUGCUGCCGGCGUCGGAGCAGCUGCUCUUCCUGCUGACCCUCAUCGGGCGCAAGAUCUUCAACCCUAAGUGGAAGCCCUACAUCCCGGACUUCAAGGAGGCGUUCGAGCACUUCUGCAUCCAUGCGGGCGGACGGGCGGUCAUCGACGAGCUCCAGAAGAACCUGCAGCUGUCGUCGGAGCACGUGGAGGCCUCACGGAUGACACUGCACCGUUUCGGCAACACGUCGUCGUCCUCGCUAUGGUACGAGUUGGGGUACAUCGAGGCCAAGGGGCGGAUGAGGAAGGGGGACAGAGUCUGGCAGAUCGCGUUCGGGAGCGGCUUCAAGUGCAACAGCGCCGUGUGGAAGUGCAACCGGACCAUCAAGAUCCCCAGCGACGGGCCGUGGGCCGAUUGCAUCGACCGUUAUCCGGUCCACAUCCCUGAAGUGGUCAAGCUCUGAGUGGCCAAAAGGGAUGAAAGAAGAAGAAGGACAAGAAGAAUUAUAUCAUCGAGCCAUCAAGCAAAAAAGGGUUUGAUUGGUAGAUUGGGAUUUUACAAAAUGGCGCUCUCUCUCUCUCUCUCUCACUCUCUCUCUGGGUUUCUUUUCUUUUCUUUUGGCCUUUCCUGUCUUUGAUUUCGGUUAUUUGCUAAAUCAGAGUGGAUUUACAUUUACUCCUUCCUCCCUUGAUCUGUCACUCUCAGUCAUCAGUCUCAAUCUCUCUCUCUCUCUCUCUCUCUCUCUCUCUCCCCAUACACAAGCAUCAUCAACAUCAUCUUUGUAUUCCCAUCCCACCUUCCAUCUCUCUCUCUCUCUCCCCCUGUCUCUCACAGCGAGAGCGUUUGUCUUCUUGGGGUCGUCGACAGUGAAUUCUCUCUGCUGUUAUAAAUUUGCGUAGAUACUCUCUCGAUAUGUCCUCCUCCUUUUCUUUACUGUGUAUUGAAUUGAAUUUCUACUGCCCAUUGUAACGCCAAGAGCAUACAUGAAAUUUAGACUCGGGAAACAAGUGUUUAUUAUUACCUAAUGUGAGAAAAGGAGACGAUAUGGUUCAUGGAACUUUCAUUUAUGUUAUGUAAUUUUCUCCAAGUUGCACUCUAGAAAAUAAACUUUACGAUUACGUAA